AUGGUGACGAGCGUGGGAGGAUACAGUGUGCUGCCAGUACUGUUACCCAACAGCAACAGUAAGGGAGAAAGCGAGACCACACACUACCUGUACAUCCAAGCGCAUGCACCACGACUGCCGGACGCCGACUCCGGACGGUCACUGUUCGUGGUGAAUGUGCCAGUGACGAGCACGGAGACGCACUUCCGACACCUCUUUGGCACGCAGCUCGGCAGCGGCCGGGUUGAGCGAGUCCAAUUCCAGCAUGAUGAAGCCAGCCGGCGGGGCCUAGGGUCCCAGGAGAGCAGCACCAGCACCGAGGUGACCGCGAACAAAAAGAGGAAGAGAGGUGAGGAGGAGAGCGCGGAGGAGUACGCGAGCCGCCUUUCGACGAUCAAGCUGCCUGGGGCCUGGGACCGACCAUUGCGGCCGAGCGGCUCGCAUGCAGUCGUGACCUUUGUCGACCGGCCGAGCAUGGAAGCCAGCCUGAGGGCGAUAAACAAGCGGAAGAAGUCAAGCAAGACGACGAUAACGUGGGGACACAACUUGGAAGAAGAAACAGCGGAAUAUUAUGACGACGACAAUAAUAACAAUGGCAAGAGCAGCAAGAAAGGGUUGUGUCGUCUGGGCUCGGCGCGGUAUAACAGACAUGCGCAGCUUCGAUACCCCAGCCGCAGCGAGCUGCUGAAGAGCGUGAACGAGUACAUGAGCGUGCUGAGCAAGCUGGAAGAGGCGCGCGAACGGGAGGCCCGACGCCAGGGCAACGUGGUGGACGAAGACGGCUUUAUCACCGUGACGCGGGGCCCGAAGAGGGCGGUGGACGCUGGACGGGAGGAGGAGAUGCGCGAGCUUGUUGCCAGGCAGCGGGAGAAGAGCAAAGGGCUGGAGGACUUUUACCGGUUCCAGAUGCGGGAGAAGCGCAAGGAGAGGCAGGGCGAGCUUCUGCGGCGCUUUGAGGAGGACAAGCGGCGCGUCGAGGAGAUGAAGAGGCGACGGGGGAGAGUAGUAGUUAUAAUAACUAGUGAUCCCCGCCGGUCUACUGCUUCUUUGGCAUGA